ACGCAAGCCCCACGAAGUCGCGCUACCCGUUCAUAGAUGGGGCGACAACGCAGUUAAAAUAGUUGCCAUGCGAUUCGGUGAUCUGUGGUUUUUUAAGGUUAUGUCCGGAUUCCGAAAAUGAAUUUUCUAGGGAGUUCUCUGCUCGCAACCACUAAAACGCUGAUAAAUUGCGUGCGGCAGGCGAGCAAGAAAACUAGCGGCAGCACGCGCAACACGAUCCACAAGACGAGGCCGAAGCACAGAGGAUGGAAGGCGCAGGACGGGCACGAAGUACCGGCCGGUAAAAUCCUCGUGACGCAGAGAAACCUGAGGUUCCAUCCCGGCCUCAAUGUCGGUUUGGGACGGAACGGCACCCUUUUCGCCAUCGUCCCGGGCAAAGUAGUGGUGACGUGCGAGAAGGUCGACCUCAAUUGGGACCACACGUGGGUUCAGAGGUGCCACGGAUUUAGGAAAGGCACCGACUUUUACAAGAAGUACUUUAAUGUUCUACCCAAGCCGCAGCACCAGAAUUUCAAGCUGAUCGAUCAAGUCUAGUGGGAAUAAACACGCUUUAUUAGAAA